AUGUGGCGGUUUUCAAUCUGUUUUUGUGUUUCAUACACAUUUUUCAGAUCCAAGAUGUCACUGUGCGUGUGGAAUCCAUACGACAUUUCUCCGUAUCUCAAAUGGCUUUAUUGGUCGAAAACGCUCACAUCUUAUUGGCCGGUAGUGCUCAACAGCGAAGUAAUAUCUGUGAAGUCCUACUGGCAGCCGCCUGGAUCUGCGGAGAGUAUAGCCAGCAUGUUCGAAAUAUUUCGUCCGUAUUGGAAUCGAUGCUGCGUGCACGUACCUCUGUUAUGUCCGGUCAUAUAUUAUCGGUGUAUGUGCAGAAUAUUGGAAAGCUCUAUAGCACUCUUCUCUCGAAAGCAGAAAAGGAAGAUGACUGGGAUGCUAUUGAGUCAUUGGACAAUCCUUAUGCUGUCGAAAUUGGCAGAUUUCGAGCUGGCGGAGCAUCUCGAAGCACAAGAAAGGGCGUGUACUUUGAUGGCUGUGUUGCGCGUUGUUGAAGCAGCACAUGCACGUCGUGAGAAGAUCGCUGGCGAUGUUGCCCGUCUGUAUGAAGGUGAAUUAAAUCCUGUUGCACCAAAGGCACAACGGAAGGUGCCAGUGCCAGAUGGUCUGGAUCUUGACCAGUGGAUUGGCGAACCAUGGCAAGAUACACCAGAGUCGAGUGAAGAGAGUGAUGUUGACGCAACAUUUGGACAGCCUGUUCCUCGAAUUCGAAGUGAGUUCACAAGUUUUGGUGUCGUUCCUCAGUACGAAGAUGAACCCAAGCUUGGAGAAAAAUCGAAAAAGGGCAGAAAGAAGGAGGUCAAGGAGUUAAGUCCUGAAGAGAUUGAGCGACGUCGCAAAGCACGUGAAGCGGAACGAGAAAGUAAUCCAUACUAUGUGAAAGGAACAGCGACUGCUCCAAAACGUCCAACACGUUUCGUUGCCCUUGAAUCUUUGCAUUCUAACGAUGUGGACAAAGUCGACAUUCAAAGUCCCUUGGAAAUUCCUGGAGUCGUUGGGUUGUCACGAUACAUGGAACAACAAGAUGCGACCAUGACAUGGAAAGAAGCCAAAGAGGACACGAAAAAGAAAAAGAAGAUGAACAAGAAGGGCAAGAAGAAGAAGCGUGUCAGCAGUUCCAGUGAAGAAGAAGUCAACCGAGCAGAUGGUGAGAUGCCGGAAGGAGCAAAGACGACAGACGAAGAGGACGCUCAUGCGCAGGGCCUUUCGGACGAGUUCCGAGCGCUGGAUAUCAACCUGGACGAGCCGCUACGACCAGAUGAAGUGGUACGAGGGCCACAGGCGUACAAUCGUCAGAGUGCUGCCCCGCGGCCUGCUCUUGUACCCCGUUCGCCGACGACGACAUCUUAUCAAAACCGUACCCCGCUGGAGUUGGGUGAUUCGAUAAAGAAGAAGAAAAGGGAGAAGAAAAGCGGUGAAGAUGGAGUUCACAAAAGGAAGAAGAAGAGGGCCCCGGCUGCUGCCGCGUCAGCAAAGAACAACGAGAUCGACAUGGAUGCGUGGUUGCAAGAUGAGGCACCUCCUGUUGUAGAGGCAAAUAGCUUUGGUGAUUCUUUAAAGGUCGAGAAGAAGGGGAAAAAGAAGAAGAAAGUCGCAGCGGCGAGGGAGGCAUAUGAGGAAGCGUCUGGUGUCUGCACUCCAUCAAAUCCGAAUCUGGACAGAGGAAUAUCGCCGAGAAUGGGUAAUAGCACCCAAGCGUUCAGCUCUAGGCUCUGUUCAAACUCGGAUCUCAGUGUGGACUAUUCUUCAUCAGCAAGUCUUGGCGUAGAUGGAGAAAUCGUCGCAAGAUUGGAGUUGACCGUUGUUGGUGGUCGACAACUGAAGAACAUUGAGGCGAAUAUUGUGGAUACACUGAAUGCUCGUAUGGUCAGAAGUGAGCCCGGAUUUUUACUGCCGACUCGUUUAUCACCUGGAGAAACCACCGAGCUGCGAUUACAUUUGGCCGUUGUGUCAAAAACCAUUUCGCAGACUCUUCGGGGUACCAUUUCGUAUGUUGCUGAGGAAAAUGAUGGCUCUGUGUCAGGAAAACUUGAUUUCAAGUUGCCUCUGAGAAGUACCGAUUCGCUAGUGGCGUCAGCAAUCACCAAGAAUGAGUUCUCUCAACUGCUCGCUGGAGGGAAUGUCGACUAUUCGGCUUCAGUCCAGUUUGUCUCUGAAUGUAGCUUCCGUGACCUUCUCACAAAAAUAACUUCUGUUGGCCAUUUGUUAGUGGUCGAGGAAGUCGGCUCAGCAGCCUCACUUUACGCAACAACUCUAACUGGUGAUCCUGUCUGUGUGCUUCUGAAGAAAGCGGACGAAAAUGUGAACAUUGGCUGCAAAGCUGGAGACCAAAAGCUGGUAGAUGUGGCUUUAGAAGAUUUGAAAGAAAUUUGUACAAGGCAAUAA